CACGUUUUGGCGCGUGAAGGGAUGCGGGGUUUCUCUCUCUCUCUCUCUCGGAGGUGCAGAUGGCAUCUCAACCACUCAGACCUUUUCCUUUGAAAGCGAGCUGCUUCUCUGCGCUUUGAUAAGCUGCUGUGAAUAUCCAUCAAGCAGCCCGACCAGCUCACUGGAUUGUCGGAAGCGCGGACCCUUUCGUGUGUCCCCCCCUCCUCAUCCUCAUCCUCCUCCUCCUCCUCUUCCUCACCCUGCCUGCAUUAUAUGUAGCGUUCACAGCCCUCUCUCCUCUCGCUUUCUGCGCAGGCGGACGUCCGCGCCACACAGACACGGUGCGCACCGCAGCAGCAGCAGCAGCAGCAGCAGCGGAGGAGGUGGCGGCGUGUCUCCGCUUUUGUAGGGAGCUGCCGGAUUGGAUGUUGGAUCUAUUUCUUCCGCGGCUUUGCGUCGGGGCUUAGGAGAAGUUCGCGUGGGACAAAAAAAGCCCUCCGCCGUCUUUCACGAUUUGUUUCGCCCGGCGUGUUGACGGCAGCCAGGAGGAGGAGGAGGAGGAGGCAGUUGACAGACCGGAGACAUGCGCGCGCUCCCGUCCAGCAGCUGUACGGGACAGAGGCGGAAACGGCAGGGCUGCGUUUGAAGCCGGGAUGCGGGCUGGUCAUCCGGGAUGCUGUGCUGUCCGCUCCACGCCGCGCGCUCCGUUCUUGAGGAUGGAAACGCGCAACUUUGUCACUGAGAUCAUCAUAAUCAUGUUUUGAAGCCCCGAUCAUCUUCCCUGAUGAUGCUGAUGAUGAUGAUCGCCAUAAGAGGGACUUGGUUUUUAAACGUGGGGAGGCCUAACCUUUGUUUAUCCGCUCAAUAGCGCGAUAAAGACGGAUCUGACUGGCUGCGUGCGUUUCCCCGCGACUGUCACGGGGGUGGGUUUGGUUUCUUUACGCAAGGCAGCAGCUCAGUGGCGCAGAGAGAGUCCGAGCCGCGCGGAGGCAGCGUCUCCAGCAAACUUUCAAUGGUUUUCCGAAAGUUGCCCGGUGUCUCGGCAUCGGGCAUGGGUCUGCGCCUGUCCCAGAAAUUCGUUUUUCUCCUCUUCCUCUCCGGUUUGGUCACCCUGUGCUUUGGAGCCCUCUUCUUUCUGCCCGACUCCGUCAGACUGAAGCGCAUUUUCCUCUCCAAGACGGAGAUCCAGCCCGUCACGGUCGGCUCCAGGUCCGAGAACGAUGUCACCGUGAAGAGACCCAAGGAGCAGGAGCAGCGGGGCUUGACUCCUGCCAAAGGGGACGCGGGCACCAAACCCAAAGUGAUCCGCAAACCCCCUGCGCCCCACGAGGACGCAGACGGAGGCAGAGCGCAGGAGGAGCUGACUGUAUCCAGGUCCAAAGCGGCGGAGUCCGCGUCGGAGAGGGUGACCUCCGCUGACCGCCAGGCCGACUCGGAUACUUUUAAUUUCAAGAAGUUCCACAGGUGUCUGCUGAAGCCACCGCUGGGGAGGGACAAUGGCAAACCGGCAGACCCCCAAACCAACGAGCGGAGGGAGAAAGUCAAAGAGAUGAUGAAGUUUGCCUGGGACAACUACAAGACCUACGCCUGGGGCAAGAAUGAGUUGCGGCCUUUGACCAAAAAUGGGCACAUUGGCAACAUGUUCGGUGGCCUAAGAGGAGCCUCCAUCAUUGACUCUCUGGACACUCUGUACAUCAUGGGACUGAUGGACGAAUACAACGAGGCGCAAGAAUGGGUGCAGACCAGUCUGGACCUGAACUCGAAUGGCGAGGCGUCCCUCUUUGAGGUGAACAUCCGUUACGUCGGCGGGCUUCUUGCGGCGUACUACCUGACAGGAGAGGAGCUUUUCAAGAGUAAAGCUUUGGAGUUGGGAGAAAAGCUACUGCCUGCCUUCAAUACACCAACAGGAAUCCCCAGAGGAGUCAUCAACCUGGGGAGCGGCACCAGUUGGAGCUGGGGCUGGGCCUCAGCUGGGAGCAGCAUCCUGGCUGAAUUCGGGACGCUUCAUCUUGAAUUUGUGCAUCUGACAGAGCUGUCCAACAAUCCCAUCUACACAGAGAAGGUGAUGAAUAUUAGAAAGCUGCUGAGCAAAAUAGAGAAACCUCAUGGCCUGUACCCCAACUUCCUCAGUCCAGUCAGUGGCAACUGGGUUCAGCAUCACGUUUCCAUCGGGGGCCUUGGGGAUAGUUUCUAUGAAUAUCUGAUUAAAUCGUAUCUAAUGUCAGACAAGACGGAUGAAGAAGCAAAGGACAUGUACUACAGCGCACUUCAGGCAAUCGAGGCUAACCUGGUGCAAAAGUCCCCUGGAGGUCUCACCUAUGUGGCUGAGUGGAGGGGAGGCAUUUUGGACCACAAAAUGGGCCACCUGGCCUGUUUCUCUGGUGGCAUGAUUGGCAUUGGAGCCGAUGAUGGCGAGCCAGAAAAGAGGCAACACUACCUCGACCUCGCUGCUGAGAUAACACACACGUGUCACGAGAGCUACACUCGAUCGGAAACCAAACUGGGGCCUGAAGCGUUCAGAUUCGACAGCGGAGCCGAAGCCACAGCCAACCGACUGAGCGACAGAUAUUACAUUCUACGACCAGAAGUCAUCGAGAGCUACAUGUACAUGUGGAGGCUGACCCACGACCCCAAGUACAGAGAGUGGGGCUGGGAAGCAGUGGAGGCACUGGAGCGAUAUUGCAGAGUAGAGUCUGGUUUCUCCGGGAUCCGUGACGUUUACACCAUGACGGUCAGCCACGAUAACAUGCAGCAGAGCUUUUUCCUCUCAGAGACACUCAAGUAUUUGUACCUGCUCUUCUCUGACGAUGACCUGCUCUCCCUGGAGGACUGGGUCUUCAACACAGAAGCUCACCCGCUGCCCAUCAUCCGCAGGAGCUGCCUGCAGGACAAUACAACACAGGAGAAGAUGGUCUCUGAGUAAAACUGAUCCAACAACUUCUGCACAGCUCCUGUGCACACACAGAAACUGCUAUCACCAAUUCAGAGCAGGUUCAGUCUUUUAAGGAGAUUCACUGACUUGUAAUUCCUUUCCAGUAAAGGAUGUUGUGAUUUUGCGCUGUGAUUGUAUAACCUUUUUUUUUUUUUUGCUGGGGGAACUUCCUGCUGGCCCUUCUCUUUUGUGGACAAUCAAGACAAACAUGAUUUUCAUGAAGAUAUAUCUUUUUUUCCUUUCCUUCUUUCCUCUGUGAGGAAACUGCAUAACUUACAGAUCCAAAUGUGUGCGAGGGCCUUUGAAAUAUGGGCUACAACAUUAGAAAGAGAAGGUUUUUUUUUCCUCCUUGUUUCUCUUUUGCCAGACGACAACAGUUUAUUCCCUUAAAUCUCAACAUUGCAGUUUGUUUUUUUCCCCUUUGCGAACACACUUUGACCAAAGGUUUCUUUGCAUAUUCAGUACCUGUUUUUGGAGUUGCAAUAGGGAAUUAAUAUUGAUUAAUGUACAGACAAACAUGAAGUGUGACCCUCAAAUCCACCUCGAAAACUAAUUUUGAUGUCAUGUUUCCUACCGAAACACGUUUGAAUGAAUUUUUUAAAGGUCAGAGAUGUCAGAAAAGCAGCUGUGUCUUAUGCAUCCAGGGACCAUUAUUAAAAACAAAAAAACCGCUUGUUUGUGUUCGCACUCCGUGCUCGAGUAAUUUAUUUUCAACAGAACUGUCCUCUCAGCUUUUCACAUCUAAAUGGAGUCAUCUCAGUCCUGUCACUGUCCUGCAAGCAUAAAAACCCAACAACACGUCUGCGAUCCAUCUCCAAAUGAGUUUCUGUUGUAGCUUUCCAGCUUCAACCUGCCUUCACAUGCCUGCUGACGUCAGCAUUUCUGCACAGUGGAGGGGUGAAUGUGCUGUACAUACAGACCAUGUGAGUGACACCCUGAUGAGCUCGUCUCCACUUCUUUCGUCUUUUUUCCUUUUAAUUUGUUUUCUACAAGUUCAGUGAUUGUUGUUUCUGGGUUCUUUUAAGUUUCUUCCCUCAGGUGUUUCAGUAAAAAAAAAAGAAAAAAAUCUUUUUAUUUUAAGUGUAGUUAUUGUUGACCUUAAUUAUGAUUACUUAUUCUUACUGUUUGCUUUAAUUUUAAUUGUUAAAUAUUUUCAAUUACUGAUAAAGGAGAUCUGUACAACUUUGUGCAUUUAA